AUGAUGCCUGUUUCAAGGCGUACAAGAGCAUUUGGGACACCGUUAGGCACUUGUAGGAUUGUUCUCUCUUUCUCCUUCCCCUCCUCUAGGCUGACUCGGAAGGAAGCCUUAAUCCAGUUCCCUCUGCUGGGGCCCUCCACGCAUCCCGCCCAGGGGAGAGCUCACCUGAAGCAAUGCGACCUGCUCCGGCUGUCCCGUAAGCAGAAGAGGCUUUGCCGGCGGGAACCAGGGCUGGCGGAGACACUGCGGGAUGCCGUCCGGCUGGGGAUUGUGGAGUGCCAGUACCAGUUCCGCAACGAGCGCUGGAACUGCAGCCUGGAGGGGAGGGCAGAACUCUUGAAGGAAGGCUUCAAAGAAACGGCCUUUCUCUAUGCGGUGUCUUCGGCGGCACUGACUCACUCCCUGGCUCGAGCGUGCAGCGCGGGGCGGAUGGAGCGCUGCACGUGCGACGACUCUCCGGACCUGGAGAACCGCAAGGCCUGGCAGUGGGGGGUGUGCGGAGACAACCUCAAGUUCAGCAUCAGGUUCCUGAAGAAUUUCCUCGGCCAAAAGAAAGUUGGGAAGGAUCUGAAGGCCAAAGUGGAUAUGCACAACACCAACAUGGGCAUCAAGGCUGUGAAAAAUGGCCUGAAGACAACUUGCAAGUGCCAUGGGGUUUCCGGCUCGUGUGCCGUGCGAACCUGCUGGAAACAGCUGUCCCCGUUCCACGAGACGGGGAAGCUGCUCAAGCUGCGCUACGACCACGCCGUCAAGGUCCUCAGCACCUCCAACGACGCCAUGGGCCACUCGGAGCUGGCCAGCCCUCAGCCCCACGGCCGCUUGCCCAAAGGCCCCUCGGCUCCCCGCCCCACGGACCUGGUUUACAUGGAGGACUCCCCGCCCUUCUGCUCACUCAGCAAGUACUCGAUGGGCACUGCCGGAAGGACCUGCUCCCGCGAGCUCAACUGCGACAGCAUGUGCUGCGGCCGUGGGUACAACACCCAGGCCCGCCUGGUCUCCUUCGCCUGCCACUGCCAGGUGCAGUGGUGUUGCUACGUGGAGUGCCAGCAGUGCGUGCAAGAGGAGGUGGUCUACAGCUGCAAGUAG